CCAUUUUUGGACUACAAACGCGUUGGGGACUCGUGGGUUCUCGGGGGUCCAAACGGAAAUACUUUUCGCGCAGUGGCUGAAUCCCUAGCCUUUCAGUACAACGUGUCGAUUCCGGCGGACAACACUUGGGGCUUGAGAAGAAGGAACGGGAGCUGGUCAGGCAUGAUGGGAAUGCUACAGAACGGCGUGUGGCUCAUCCUGCUGCUAGCCCUCGUCUUCUUGUCCUUCGUAACGACAGCCUUCUCGCUUUGGACGCCACAGAAGAAGCAUCGCAAGUCCAUCUUAUUCACCUGGAGCGACGAAUUAUGGAGAUACGUGGAAAAUAUGUUCACUGAAGCCUCCGCGCACUGUCCGGUUGAUGCUCCCACGCGGAUCGUAGUGGCAGUGUGGUGGAUAGCCGUAGUCGUCCUCAUGAACGCCUUCACGGGACUUAUGCGGGCAUGCAUGAUGCUGAAGACUGAGACAAACACCAUCGAUUCAAUCAGGGAGCUUGUACUGCAGCCGAACAUCAAGCCAUACGUCUGGGGCGGGACUGCGUACAUCUUCAUGCUUAGGGACACGGGCACCCCCGAGUACCAGGCAGUCUGGAAAAUUGUGGAACGCCACCGCAGUAUGUUGACCACGGAGAGACUGUACAGCAAGGAAAUACUCACGGAGGUUCUGCGGGGCAAAGCUGUAAUCGUCAGUGAUCGCAGCUCUAUCGUGCACAAGGUGUCUUUAGCCUGCAAUCAAUUCACAGAUGGAGAGUUCUACUUGAGCAGUCAUCCCGUCACACAGCACCCCUUCGUCUGGUACUACAACAGAAGACUCGCCCAACCCAUACGAGAUGCCAUUGAUAACAAAUUGAUAUCGCUACUGGAAGCAGGCCUUACCCAACGAUGGUGGCAACAAGGCGUGGGUGACUGGAGCCGGUGCAAACAGCAGACAGUUUCAGCGUCAGCUGCUGGAAGCAGUCAACUGCAGGCCUUGCGGUUUGCAGACAUGAAAGCCAUCUUUGUGCUUUGGUUGCUUUGUGUAGGCAUUGCCCUAGCAGUUUUUGUUUUCGAAAUCAUCUUACAUAGGCCGUCGCAACCUAAAAGGGUUGUGGUGUGUUCCCGACAUCAGAAACUUCAUCCGUACAGAACAGGGCUAUAUCAACAGAGAUUAACGACGAAAGCUCACUAAUGACUUCUUUGUCAUAACUUAUGCACCCAACAUUGACCAGUCUUGGAUUAGAUCAGGUACUCCUGCACUGCACAAAAUUACACAGCAUCAUGAUAACCUUCGUGUAAAGUAAACACUAUUCCAGAUAUUAGUCAGAACGAAGCCUGCUUUGAACUGAGCUCGACACCGUUAAAGCGCAAUGACUGUAGGGAAACUGCAUUUUUGUAGUGAUAAGGAAUCGGCAAAACAGCACACACGUCACUUGCGGAGAGUCAUUUCACAUCGUAGGCUAAAUGAAGCUGAUGAAGUUCGCGGUAUGUCCCUCAUAUUAUUCACAGUUUCUCUGAUGUCCUCAAACCCAAUCCCUUUCGUCCCGUUCCAGUACAUUCCUUGGUCAGAGUACACACACACUGCUGUGCCCGCUCUCAAUGUGCUGAAGUACGACACUAACUGAACAAAAUCAGAUGCUUUAUUAUUCUCGAUAAAUAAAUAAAAAAAUAAUGAACACGGGGUCCGGGAAGAAACAUCAUAUGCUGACAACAGCGGCACCUUGUGAAUGAUCUCAAUAAGGACAUGGACGCACCAUAGUAUUACAUGAACUCCA